UUUCUUCCGUUGUUCCCACAGUCCCGUUAUUCAUUCACCGUUGUUGACGCGCCUUUCGUCGCCGCUGAACGGCACAUCGCUCUGACAGUUUGAAAAUCAAGCACUAGCCGAGAGGAUCGUUAACUCACUAGCGAGCCCAAAGGAUCAGUAACACAUCCAGCCAGAUACUGAUAGCAAUCGGAAUAUAAAGUUAUUAAACAGUGAUCGUGCCGCGAAAUUCCACUUGUUUAUAUAAUAUUCAGUGGCUGCCAAGAGCCCAACGGAAUAUACAAGAAAAUUCAUUUUUCUGGCUCUGGUCGUUUAUUUUUUCAGGCAACAAGCUAGCUAGAAAAAAAUAUAAGAAAAGAAACCGAGCAUUUCUGCGUGUUAUGUGUGGUUGUUGUGAUCAGAGAUCAGUGGAUCAGUGAUACGAACCAAGUGAAAGUGAACACAGAAACCCUCAACGAGAAAUCAUCUCAAGUCUCAAGUGAAACUAAGGAAUAGGUCCUCAGAUCAGAAACCAUGUCGGACAUUGAGGAUGUUUUUGGUGGCUCCGCCGAGGAGGAGACCAAAACCGAUGCCCAGCCGGAUGCCGAGAGCAAGAGCAGUGUGGUAACCGAGCAGACCGAGGAAGUAAUACCCGGCGAGACCGAGAAAAUGGUCACCGAAACCAUUGACGAGGAUGGCGACGUGGUGGAGGAGACCACCGAAGUCACCCGCAAAACCGUCAAGCGUACCAUGAAAAUUACUGAGACUUCAGCCACCACAAAGACAACCACGCUCACCACUCCGGCCAAGUUGUAUGGCAAGGACUUGAGCGAGUACGAUGAUGUGGAUGUGGAGAGUCUGCUGGCCCAGCUCUCGGCCGAGGAGAUAACCAUAUUGGCCAAAGAAGUGGAUCCCGAUGACAACUUCCUGCCGCCUGACCAGCGCUGCAGCUAUGAGUGCACCAAGGACGCCACCGGGCCGCUGAACCGCAAGCAGCUGAUCGAGCACAUCAACAAGCAGGCUAUCGAGACCCCCGAUCAGCCAGAGUUCGAGCCAUUUGUUCAGGGCAAGGUUCGUGGCAAGAAGUGGGUGCCCCCGCCAAGGGAUGCCCUCGACAUCGAGGCCGAGGAACAGAUCGCCAUCGAUCUGGGCGAGGAGUACGAGCACGCCCUCAACGACGCCACGCAGGAGGAGAUCAUCGAUCUGGCUGCCAUCCUGGGCUUCCACUCGAUGAUGAACCAGGACCAGUACCACGCCUCGCUGCUCAACAAGGGCCAGCCAGUGGGCACGGGCUGGGACGGCAUCACCAAGUCUACGCAGCAAAAGCUCUUCCCCAUGGAUCCGCCCAACAGCACAGAUGUCGAGGAGUCCAUUAAGCGGGUCAAGGACGACGACUCCAAGCUGAUCGACCUCAACUUGAACAACAUUAAGAACAUCUCGGACGAGAAGCUCGAGCAACUGUUUGCCGCACUGCCUCAGAACGAACAUCUGGAAGUCCUCUCGCUGACAAACGUCGGCCUCACCGACAAGACAGCCCUCCUGCUGGCGGAGGCCAUCGAGAAGAGCAAAACCCUGAGAGUAUUAAACGUCGAGACCAACUUCAUCAGUCCGCCCGUGAUCGUCAAGCUGGUGCAAGCCCUGCUCAAGUGCCGGACCAUUGAGGAGUUCAGGGCCUCCAAUCAGCGAUCUGCGGUGCUGGGCAACAAGAUCGAGAUGGAGAUCACCGACCUGGUGGAGAAGAACUCGUCGCUGCUGCGCCUCGGCUUGCACCUGGAGUUCAACGACGCCCGUCACCGUGUGGCCGCUCACCUGCAGCGCAACAUCGACAGAAUCUUCCGGGUUCAGAAACUCAAACCGAAUCUGCCCAAGCUGAUUCUGCCCGGGAACAUGGAGAUUGAACGCGACCUGGUGAGCUACCACCGAUCGGCCACGCCCACUCCGUCGCCGUCGCCCUCGCCGCAACCGCCGGCGGACGAUUACGAUGUGGAGGUGGAUCCAGAUAACAUGGUGAUCCGCGGCGGCGGCGGAGACGCCUUCGAUCCGGAAUUCGACCCGGACAACAUGGUGGUGCCGGGCAGUCGCUCGGUGACCCCGAAUUACGACGACGAGGGUGUCUACCAAGCGCACACUAAGAAAAGAUCUUGAGUUGCGACUGCAGUUCAGAUUUUUCAAUAAUCUGCACAGAAAGUCAACAAGAAUUCAAUAAGCAGACCAGAAAGCAAGCAACUAAACCAUUUUUAAAGCGUUUUGUAAUCUAAACCCAAGAACCGAAGAUAAAAAACAUAAACCCAUAACACCGAGAGAACGUGUAUAAUAUAAUACUUGUAUAAUGAAGAAGGACAAAGCAGGAGCAGAAGUUUAAGAUAAAGAUAAAUCAGCCCCCGAGCUCGGAAAUAAUAUAUAUCUAUAUACUCUAGAGAGACUUAACUAAGCACAGCAAACUGAAACCAAAGAAACGAAGUGAAAUAUCAAAACUAUAUACCUAUACUUAACAAUUAUAUAACGUUAAAGCGCAGUUCAAGCAGGCCCAUCUAGAUCGGGCUCUGUUCGAACUCGAGGCCUGUUUUAUAAUCCAGCAGAACAAACGUUUAGGCGACACGUAUAUACUUUUCUCUAAAGCUUGACACAGGAAUUAAACUGCGAUGUAUGAUCUAAGUGAAUACCCCAGAUCCGAAUCAAAGUAAACCAUAAUCCCCAACAGCAAGCAUAAAAUGUUUUAAGACACUUUUGUGAUUCAAUAAGAACCAACAACUAACAGCAGAAAAUAAAACAGCAGCACCACCGACAUCAGAGCCAUGAAUAUAUAAAAAAUAUAAAACUCGAUCCUGAAAUAAUAGUGUAGCUCUGCAUUCGGCGCAGACGAACAUACGUGUGAAACGCCUCAACCAGCGUAAAUAAAAAGACAAAAUCGAAAAAUAAAAAGAAAACAAUUAUAUAGCAGCAACCAACAACAAAUUUAAGCUACCACCACCACCACCCAAGAACAAAAUCAAGCAGAAAGCCAUCUACUAUGUGUGUGCAUUCGUUGUCCAACUCUUGACUACCAAAUUAACAAGCAAUCCAAGCCAGAACACCAACAGCAACCAGAACCAGAACAACCACGAAUACAACAACCGCGGCAACAAAUCUACAAAUUUCUAUCCAACCUAUUCUCCCACCAAGAAACAAAGUCCUAUUGUGAAACCCGAACCAAUCUACCAACCAAAUGUGAACUAACACCGAAGAAUGAUGUGUGACAUGAUUUGGACGUCAACGUCGCAUGGGACAUCUGAGCAGGAACUACACCAUUGGCGUCUGGCAGUAGGAUGUAUUGGAUUUGGAGUCUAUAAAA